AUGCCGUACUCCACACCAUCUGAACCCGACCUCCCCACCUCCUCAGCAGCUCCGCACCACCCGCUCAUGGCGUUCCGCCUGGCCGCCCGGCGCGGGGUCGCCACGGCCGCGGCCGCGGCCGCGCGGAGCCGCGGUGUGUGCCGCGCUUUCGCCUCCGACGCCGUCACCGCGUCCGUGGAUGCGGUGACCACCGGCUGGUGCUUCACCCCGCCUUCCCGUGUAACACCGCCUUCACCGACUCGUGAGGAGCUGCUGCCGUGGCUGGCGCCCCGGCGCUCGCAGCGCCCUCCACGGCAGGAGCAGAAGGGGCAAACAGUUCCAAAAAGAUCCAAAGAGCUGGAUUUGGUGACUGCUGAAGUUCCAGAAAUCUUGGAAGAGGCGGUGAGUGUGGCCUACAGCCACCCGGGAACUCCUGAAGCGCACGACGCGCGCGACGCGCGCUGGCGGCAGCUGGUGGAGCGCCUAAGCCAGGUGGAGCUCAGUGCAGAGCAGGCCUUCGUGGUCUUUCACUGCAUGGUGAAGACGGACGACUUUGAAACAAAGCUUUUCGAAAGGGUGGUGGAUCGCUUGGAGUGUCGAUACUUCAGCAUGGAGCUGGGCUCGAAGCUUGAAGACUUGCCCAAGCGCGAUGGCCAAGUGGUGGCCUACAUCCUCAGGGCCUUUUUGCAAAAUGACGAGGAGAACGUCUCGUUUCAGUCCUUGGUGAAUGAGAUGCCUCUGAGCCACACGGUGCAGCUGAUCUUGCGCAGCGGCCGGGGGUUCCCCACACGAGGUGGCCCGGUGAAGCCGGCGAUGCCGGCACCGGAGCCCGAUGCCAAGCGCCGGUGGAAGACGAUGGAUCCAGUGGAGAUGGAGGCGCUGGAGCGGGAGCGCUUCUUCAAAGGCCGUUGGAAGGUGCUGCGGAUGCCCUACGUCGAGGCCCAGGUGACGCGCAUGCCGCCGGGGAAGCGCUUGAGGGCGUCGCUGGCGUCGCAGCUCUUCCAGGUCUUGCCCAAUGCAGCACCAGCCACCCUGGCAGAGAUUGCCCAGGUGUGCUUCUUCGAUGAACGGCUGUUGACGGGCGACCUGAACUUCGACUUCCAGGAAGCCCUGGCCAAGCGCAUUUGCAGUCUGAAUCGCCACGAGCUGUUGCCCUACAUCCUCGCCUUCUGUGCCGCGAUGAGACAUUGUGAAGGCCCCAACGCGUAUCGCGCCUGGCGGAAGAAGCUCUUGCCGGACCUGCUUUGGCUGCUGCGAGCCACCAAGCGAUCAGAGGUGCUGGAGAACCAACAGUUCAUUCGCCCCUUGAUGCGGUGGGACCCACAGCCGGGCUUUCAGCACUACCUGGCAGAGACCUGCGCGCGGUUGUUGAUCUCGGUGGCGGGCGCGCGGCAGGUGCAGAUGGACGUGGAGCUGCUGGAUGCGCUGGCGGCGCCGCUGGAGGACUUGCUGGAGAAGUGGCUGAAGUCAGAAGAGGAGGUCCCCGCAGACGGCGCUGCCAGACGCUCGCCGUUGUCGCCCGAGACGAUGUCUGAUGUGCUGAGCGUCUGUGUGACCUGUAAGGUGCGUCCCAAGAGCUUGCCGCAGCUGAUGGCCCAACUGGUGGAGCAGGACCUGGGCGCCCAGCCGAGCCCCGAGCGAUCGGAGCGCUGGACGCUGCCCGAGCUGUGCGUCACGGCGCACGGCCUGGCGCUGCUCUGUGAGAACGCCCAGGUGCCGUUGCAGCGGCUGUGGCAGGUGGCGCAGACGCACGAGCUGCGCCAGGCGAGCGCCGCGCUGCAGCUGCAGCUGAUGGAUGCGCUCCUUCGGGGCGCCAGCGAUGAGCUGUUGAAAGAAGAGACGCUUCGGAAUGCGAUCGAUGAGUUCCUGGUGCAGCGCAUGGAUUUCGAGUUGUCUGCUCUGGGCCACAUCGGCACGUGAGGUGUUGGACACCCUGCAGUCACGCAGAGCACAUCGAGCUGUGGAGGG